AUGGAGGAGAAGCUCAAGCUAACCACCACCACUGAUCAGUUUCCUCAAGCUGCAGAUGAAAAACUGAACCAUCACAUGCUGAAGUGGCAGUGUGAGCGACAGUUCGAGGAUGAAGAUGCCUCAUCGGUGGACAUCUCACUCCCUCAGAAAAUGGAGACUCCCAAAUCUAAGGCUGUUCUGGCACUCCGGAAACCAAAGGUCCCCAGAUCUCAGAGCAAGAGGCUCAAGUACAUCCUGCAGGCGAGCACCAAAAUCAAAGGGGGAUGGCCCCGGCCCCCCCUUAAUUACUGCAUCCUCAUCACCCUGGCCCUGCGUAACAGUGCAGAAGGCAGCCUGACUGUGCAGCAGAUCUACCAAUUCACACGGCAGCACUUUCCCUUUUUCCAGACAGCCCCAGAUGGCUGGAAAAACACCAUUCGUCACAAUCUGUGCUUCAGUAGCAGCUUUGAAAAAACCUCCCACUUUGUGUGCAACGAGGGCAACCGCAAGUCACGCCUGUGGAAGCUGACACCAGAAGGGUGCAGAAAGUUCCAGGAAGAGGUACGGGCUCUAUCUGAGGAGGCCCUCGACUUAGUGAGACAGAGCUUGAGCAAACCAGGUACAUACCAAGAGACAGCAGCCCCCGCUGAGGCUUUGGAGCUAGGAUGA